AUGUUACAGAAGGAGGAGAAGGCCAUGUUGACCAAGCUGCAGCGAGCUCGGGCUCAUUCCAUUGGAAACCUGGGAUCACCCUGGGGUCCGGAGAGACACUUCCACAUGCCCCACCACAUCUCCAAGGACAUGAGGAUCCGGGGUAUUUGUGAUUACAUGGGCAAGGACAAGAGUGCCCAGGAGCUGCUGAAUCCCGAGGAUGAAGUGGACGAGUUCCUUGGGAGAGCCAUCGAUGCCCGGAGUAUUGAUCGCCUCCGAUCGGAACAUGUGAAGAAAUUCCUGCUCACCUUCCGCAAACACGAGUUGGAGAAAAAGUUCCAUCCGAUGACAGGUCCGAAGGAAGGAGGGACUAAGGUUACUAUCCACGGGGAUAACCUGGGGCUCCGCUUCCAGGAGAUUGCGUACGGAGUAAGGAUCGCGGGUGUGAAGUGCAGCCCAAUUUCAAGCGAGUAUGUCAGUGCUGAACGGUGA